GUUUGUACAUUCCUAUGUAGGUCGCAUUUUCCUCGUCAGGACAUAUUUCAAUGAACAAAUCAAUAAAUAAAUAAGUUAUAGAAAAGGAGUGGAGAGAGAGAACUUACGAUGAGCUCCCUAAUCGGUAAACGGUGCAUUAUUUCGGGCGGUAGCCGGGGUAUAGGAUUAGCCAUCGCUCGGCUCUUCGCCGCCGAGGGAGCAGCAUGUACUCUUAUCGGACGGAAUAUGGAGAGCCUCACUAGCGCGAAAGCGUCGUUAGAGCAGAAACAUGAUUCGCAGAAACACGAUACGACACCCUUUGAUGUUUCUUUGGUAAAUGGUUGGGAGAAGUUGGUAGCCAACACAAAAGGAGAAAAUGCCGACAUCCUCGUGAACGCGGCGGGGAUCUCACAAAACUCCUUUUUGUUCAAGGCUUCAACCCCAGAGAUAGACGAGCUUGUCGCCACUAAUCUUAUGAGUACUAUAUGGAGCUGUAAAUACAUCAUACCUAAGAUGAUGAAACAGAGAAACGGUUGUAUCAUCAAUGUAUCUAGUCUCUUAGCCACUCACGGGGGACGAGGAUCAAGCGUCUACGCAGCAUCAAAAGCCGGUAUUAUUGGUUUAACGCGGGCUUUGGCCUGGGAGGUGGGCAGAUUUGGCAUUCGUGCGAAUGUUCUCCUUCCUGGAUAUAUCCAGACCGAUAUGACGAAAGGUAUGGAUAACAACGGCGAGCUUUCAGCCUUGAUCCCAAUGGGGCGCUUAGGAUUGGCCGACGAGGUGGCGGAAGCCGCAUUAUUCCUAGCCAAAUGUUCCUACGCACAUAACUGCGUCCUCAAUAUCGAUGGAGGUCUGAGCGCGACGUAGGCUGUGCGCAA